GCCAUUUUCUGACUUUCCGUCAGGUUGGCGCCCUCAGCCAUGGCGUCUACCACGGCUAUGGACGUUCUGGAGGAGCUAUCUUCGGAUAGUUCCGAAAAACAGGUACAACCAAGAAAGCCUGAGAAAGCUAAAAGGGAAAAGGACAAACCAAAGAAAGGGGGGCCGGAGAAGAAGGCCAAGAAAGAGAAACAGGAGAAAGCAAAGCCGGAGAAAAAGCCGAAGAAGAAGCCAGAGAAAGAGAAGCCGGAGGGAGAGAAGCUGGAGAAGAAACCCAAGAAAGACAAGCGGGAGAAAGCGAAGCCGAAGAAGAAGCCCGAGCAAGAGAACCGUGAGCAAGAGACUCCUGAGCAGGAGAAGCCUGAGGUGCAGCGGCGUCGCUCACUUCACCAAAGCAUCAGGGAAGAUGAGCGUAGAGCCCGUCUGAUCAGACGCCGUAAGAACAGCUUCGCUAUCUACUUUCCGAAGGUGCUGAAAAAUAUCCACGUGGGUCUCUCCCUCUCGCAGCGGUCUGUGAACAUCCUGGAUUCAUUCGUGAAGGAUAUGUUUGAAAGAAUUGCAUCCGAAGCCAGCUUCUUGGCGCGUCAAGCCAGAAACUCUACUAUCAACUCCAGAGAGAUCCAGACCGCUAUUCGACUUCUGCUUCCUGGCGAGCUCUGCCGGCGUGCAGUGGCUGAAGGAACCAUGGCGAUGGUCCGGUAUAUCUCCAACAAGUAAGCAGCUUUAAUGUCAAAACAACAAAACCCAAAGGCUCUUUUCAGAGCCACCACUUCUCCUAAGAGAGCUGUAGCAUGAACAACUCCAGCAAAAGAGUGACUUUGACUUUAAACCAAACAAAACUCAAAGGCUCUUUUCAGAGCCACCACUUCUCCUAAGAGAGCUGUAGCAGGAAUAUCUCCAGCAAAUGAGUGACUUUGACUUUAAACCAAACAAAAUCCAAAGGCUCUUUUAGAGCCACCACUUCGUGGUUCGAGUUUGAACCCCAGAAGCCUCCGGCCCCUUCUUCGGGCAUUCCCGAUUAACUUAAAAAAUAAAAUGUUGUUUGUUAUACU